UUCACAGCUGACUUCCCUGCCUUCAGCUGUGCAUAGCUUUUCUUUGCCCCGAUAUAGGGCACCGUCCUUGGAGGUGUUCAAGACCAGGUUGGACGGGGCCCUGGGCAACCUGAUCUAGUAAAUGUGUAUGUUUGGUGGCCCUGCCAGGCAGGGGGGUUGGAACUACAUGAUCCUUGAGGUCCCUUCCAACCCGGGUCAUUCUGUGAUUCUGUAAUAGCAGCAGCACCGUUACGGCGACUUGGAGGCUGGAGGCCUCAGCAGGGCCCCGUGCUCCGGGCCGCACCGCCGCAUCCGUCCCGCAGGGGGCAGGCGCCGUCCCGCUGAGUCCCGCCGGGUCGCGUCGGGGAUGGCGGAGGCGGCGGACGAGGCGGAGCUGGGCCUGGUGGAGUGCCGGGUGUGCUUCGAGCGGUUCGGCCCCGACGGGCAGCGGCGGCCGCGUAACCUGCCGUGCGGACACGUCCUGUGCCGCGGCUGCGUGGAGGCGCUGGGCGGCCCCGAGCGGCGACGCCUGGAGUGCCCCUUCUGCCGGCGGCCCUGCGACCUCGGCGAGACCAGCGACUGCCUGCCGCUGCUGCAGCUCUUGGAGCUGCUGGGCCCCGGCGGCCUCAACCCCUCGGCCCUCGGGAGGGCGGCCGGCGGCCCGGCCCCGCCGCGGCUGCAGCUGUCGCUGGGCGGCUGGGGGUCGCUGCUGAACCCCACGGGGGUGGCGGCGUGCCGGAGCUCGGGGCGCCUGGCGGUGGCCCACGACGGCAAAAAGAGGAUCCACGUCUUCGGGCCGAGCGGGUCCUGCCUGCAGAGGUUCGGGGAGCGAGGGGACGCGGACAACGACAUCAAGUACCCGCUGGGUGUGACGGUCACGGCGGACGGGCACGUGGUGGUCACCGACGGCGGGGACCGCUCGGUGAAGGCCUUCGACUUUGAUGGGAGGGGGACUCUGGCUGUGCGGGAAGGCUUCUGCCUGCCCUGGGGACUGGGUGCCACCCCCGAGUGCGACGUGAUGGUGACGGACGCCGAGGCUGGAGCUCUGUACCGCCUGACGGCCGACUUUGGCAAGGGGGAGCUGAAGAAGUGCCAGCUGGUCCGGUCCAAAUUAACGUGCCCCAGAGGGGUGGCGGUCUGCCCGAGCUCGGGUGCUGUUGUGGUGAUAGAGCACCUGAAUACUAAAGGACCAAGCAGCUGCAGCACCCGAUUGAAGAUAUUCAGCGCAGACAUGACUCUCAUUGGCCAGAUGGAUAGCUUUGGGCUGAACCUCGUUUUCCCCUCCAAAAUAUAUACCACGGCUGUGGCCUUUGACAAAGAGGGUUGCAUCGUCGUAACCGAUGUCUGCAGUCAGGCUGUGAUAUGCCUGGGGAAACCUGAGGAGUUUCCCAUCUUUAACCCUCUAGUUAGCCAUGGGCUUACUUAUCCCAUAGGACUAACUUACACGGCAAACAACUCCCUCGUUGUUUUAGACAGCGGUGAUCAUUCAGUAAAAAUAUAUAGCUCUGCCUGAGUGGGCUUAGAUGUGUUCAGCUAUUGGUUUGAGCUGCUUUUGGCUACAAAGUGUGUGCAGUACUUGUGUUCAGAGGCACACAGGGAGGAAGUAUUAUUCCCUGGGCUUUGUGUGAAGUGAAAUCACCCUCUUAGACCAAUGUACUGUACUUCCCACAAAGUGUACACCAGAUCCCAUGUAUAGCAGGAGACAAUGUGGCUGCUGCAGACUGAAGUCAGCAGUGAACCAAGCAAGCGAGGAGAAAUGGCAGCUUCAGCUCAAGGCCAGUUGAUCUAGCCAUGAUCAAUUGUAAUACAUGAGCUAUCAGCAUUUAGUGAUUCAUAUGAAGUGAAUAGAUGCUCAAAGCCUUUCUGUUUUCUUCUCCAUACUGAGAAAAUGCACUUAUUUGUAUGCAUUUCUUACCACCUCUUCAGUGUUUUACUGAAAUGCUAACACUUCCCACAUAACGCAUGGAUCCAUCCAUAUCUUCACUGUGAUGUAUGGUUACUGGCAUGGGUGGCUUUCCCUAAAACCAUCUCCAAGUAUUUGUGUUUAGACCACAGGUACUUCUGCAUCUACAGAAUAGAACUGGCCAUGUUAGUAACACAGGUACUCUUGAGAGAUUUCCAGUACUGCCUGCGUCUGUCUUGAAAUCAACAUGGUACUUCUGUACCACUCUGCAGCAUUCAGUCGAAACUUUGAAUGUUGGAGGGGAGUAAUAAGGGCAAGGGGAUGAGAGCCUUGCCAUUUCCUAGCCUACAAAAAGUAUUUUGCUGGUAGCAGAUAGCAGCUUAACAACUCUUGAAAACAGUUUUGCUGUGGAUGUGAGUUCUGUUGCCUUAUUACACCACAGAAAUCCAUGUAAAUUUAGAACAAAAUAACACACCUACUAGAAGUCACUGCUGCAUUCUAGGAAUUCCAAGUGCUUCUGAACUAAUUACUUAGUGCAGCACUAAAAGGGAGUUGCAUAUAAAUGUGUCUUGUGCGGUGGAGACAAAUAGAUUAACGUAAAACUUUUAUGAAGGUGUAUUUAUUGACUGAAAGCAUGCAUAUUAUCUAAAGCCAUUUCGAAUUCAUGUGUAGUCUUCCUGUUGGUUAACAUUUCAUUUGGCAUUUGCUCUGACUUCUUGGCCAUUUAAUAACUAACUACUUAUAAUACUGUAUGAAUAACAUAUACCAAUUAUUUCAAACUGGAGCAAUUUUGGCCCUCAAAUGAUAUAUUAAAGCCCUCUUGUAUUAAUAUCUUGUGUUCACAUUUAUAAAAGCAGAGCAAACAAGAAUAUUAAAUACAGCUAUUUGUAAAGCUUAAUUGAAAAGUGGGCUGGAGGUCAAAUACCCAUGGAGUUGGAUCCAUCAGAAUAUGAAUAAGUACUGAUGAAAGUGGGAUCUACCAAAUUGUUUUCACAAUCCUGAGAGCAGGAAAAGGCCAACACGUUCCUGUUCUUAAGAAAAUAAAACCCCAUUUACACCCUA